AUGAUACAUGUUGAGCAGCCAUGUUUGAUCAAACAAUACAACGAAAACAUGGGCGGUGUUGAUAGGGCUGACCAAAAUAUAAGCCUUUACCGCGUAGGAAUCAGGGGAAAGAAGUGGUAUUUUUGCUUGUUUUCACAUGCUCUGGAUAUGGCAGAACAAAACGCAUGGCAACUUCAUAAACAUUCUGGCGGAAAAAUGGACCAUUUGCGGUUUAGGAGGUGUAUUGCUGCGGGAUUAUUAGAAACCUAUAAGAGAGAAACAAAACGGGGGCCAUCUAAACCAGGCAAAUACCUGCAUUAUGAGUCCAGAUAUGAUCGGAUGGAUCAUCUUGUGAAUUAUCAGGAAAAGCAAACCCGCUGCGCAUUUUGCCACAAACAAGCAGUAUUCAGAUUCCAGAAGUGUGAUGUUGCACUUCAUCCAAUAAUGUGUUUUUUAAGUUACCAUACUAAAAACUAA